UAAAAGACGGGAAAGGAAUCAUGCGUUUCAGUAAUAAGUAGACAGAAGCACGAAGGACCAGGGGCGGAAAGGCAUUAGCUGUAUUAGUGGAACGCAGAGGCGCGGCUUCCAUGAAUAAGCGGAACGCCUCAAGUGCACAGUGAGGUUUCUGCCCGGAUUUUGAGAGCUAUUUCCGUUGCUCGCCGGAAGUGUAGGUCGCAGGAGGACGACUCGUAGAAGAAUCGGUUAUCCUGUGUGUGAACAACCGGCAUCAUGUCGAGUUUGGUGGUGAGAGACCCGGCAAUGGAUCGAUCACUGCGUUCCGUGUUCGUGGGGAACAUUCCGUAUGAGGCAACUGAGGAGCAGUUAAAGGACAUUUUCUCUGAGGUUGGUUCCGUUGUCAGUUUCCGGCUGGUGUACGAUAGAGAGACGGGAAAACCCAAGGGUUAUGGUUUCUGCGAGUAUCAAGACCAGGAGACCGCGCUUAGUGCCAUGCGGAACCUUAAUGGGCGGGAGUUCAGCGGGAGAGCGCUCCGGGUGGACAAUGCUGCCAGUGAAAAAAAUAAGGAGGAGUUAAAGAGUCUAGGGCCUGCAGCGCCCAUCAUUGACUCACCCUAUGGGGACCCCAUCGAUCCGGAAGAUGCCCCUGAAUCAAUAACCAGAGCAGUUGCCAGCCUCCCCCCGGAGCAGAUGUUUGAGUUGAUGAAGCAGAUGAAGCUCUGUGUCCAAAACAGUCACCAGGAAGCUCGAAACAUGCUGCUGCAAAACCCACAGCUGGCUUACGCGCUGUUGCAGGCACAAGUGGUGAUGAGAAUAAUGGAUCCAGAGAUUGCUCUGAAAAUUCUGCAUCGUAAGAUUCAUGUCACGCCGCUUAUCCCAGGCAAAUCUCAGUCUGUCUCUGGCCCUGGCCCUGGCCUCUGCCCAGGCCCUAAUGUUCUGUUGAACCAGCAGAAUCCUCCCGCCCCUCAACCUCAGCAUUUGGCUAGAAGACCUGUGAAGGACAUUCCUCCUCUGAUGCAGACACCUAUCCAAGGUGGCAUUCCAGCCCCAGGGCCGAUCUCAGCUCCUAUUCCCGGUCCUGGUCCUGGUUCCUUAACUCCUGGAGGAGGAAUGCAGCCCCAAGUUGGAAUGCCAGGAGUUGGCCCGGUGCCUUUAGAGCGGGCUCAAGUGCAAAUGACAGAUCCCAGAGCACCUAUGCCUCGUGGACCCAUGACUGCUGCUGGCCUUCCUCCUCGAGGACUGUUAGGAGAUGCUCCAAAUGACCCACGUGGAGGGACUUUGCUUUCAGUCACUGGGGAAGUAGAGCCCAGAGGUUACAUGGGCCCACCCCAUCAGGGUCCUCCCAUGCACCAUGCCUCUGGUCAUGACAGCCGUGGCCCUUCCUCACAUGAUAUGAGGGGUGGGCCAAUAGCAGAUCCCAGGCUGCUAAUUGGAGAACCCAGAGUACCCAUGAUGGAUCAAAGAGGUCUUCCCAUGGAUGGUAGAGGUAGCAGAGAUUCUCGAGGGGUGGAGACUCGAGCCAUGGAAACUGAGGUCUUAGAAGCACGAGUAAUGGAGAGAAGAGGAAUGGAGACCUGUACAGUGGAAGCCAGAGGGAUGGAAGCUAGAGGCAUGGAUGCAAGAGGAAUGGAGAUAAGGGGCCCUGGCCCCAGUUCGAGAGGCCCUAUGACCACUGGCCUCCAGGGUCCUGGUCCCAUUAGUAUGGGGGCAAGUGGGCCUCAGGGACCCAGACAGGUCCCAAGCAUUUCAGGAGUAGGAAAUCCUGGUGCUGGCAUGCAGGGAUCAGGCAUACAAGGAGCGGGCAUGCAAGGGGCAGGAAUGCAAGGAGGAGGCAUGCAGGGAGCAGGUAUGCAGGGGGCGGGAAUGCAGGGGACAGGAAUGCAAGGAGGAGGCAUGCAGGGGACGGGAAUGCAAGGAGGAGGCAUGCAGGGGGCAGGCAAGCAAGGUGGAGGCCAACCUAGCAAUUUUAGUUCUGCUCAGAGCCAGGUAACUCCACAGGAUCAAGAAAAAGCAGCUUUGAUCAUGCAGGUUCUUCAACUGACUGCAGAUCAGAUUGCCAUGCUGCCUCCUGAGCAAAGGCAGAGUAUCCUGAUUUUAAAGGAACAAAUCCAGAAAUCCACUGGAGCUUCUUGAAAGGUUUUAGGAAAUACUUGGCAGUUGUCUCAUAGUUAAUUUUGUAGCAUGGUGAAGGGUGCAAAAAGCUCAAUUCUGCAUCCCCACACUUAAAUGAUAAAGGUUUCCUCCCUAGAGUGUAAUCUCGUUCCUGUUUUCUUCCUUUCUGUUUUUUUUUUUUUUUAAGGGAGGUGGGGGGUGGGGAGGGAGUGACUCUGUUCAUGUUAAGUCACCGUAAACAUAUAAAAGUAACUGAACAUGAUUAUAUUAUACCAAAUAAGAUUACAGAGAAUGUGCAGCAAUAUGAAAAAUCUCUGCAGUGUUAACUACAUUUUUAAAUAUUGGCUGGAACUAUGUGAAAACCAAAAAACCUAAAAGGUGACCUGUUAAAAUGGUAAUGUGCUAAGAUAGUUUAAACUUUUUUGAUCAUAUAAUAAGAUGAGCCCUGGUGUCACAGUGGUUACAGCACUAGGCUGCUAACCAAAAGGUCAGCGGUUCAAACCUAUCAGCUGGUCUGUGGGAGAAAGAUGUGGCAGUCUGCUUCCAUAAAGAUUUACAGCCUUGAAAACACUAUGGGGCAGUUCUACUCUGUCCUUUAAGGUCGUUUUAAGUUGGAAUCAGCUCAGUGGCAAUGGGUUUGGUUUUUUGUGUAUAGUAAAACUAAAGAAUUUACCUCAAAAUGAUACAUCUGUUUUUUGGUAAGCCAUUUAAAAUGUGAAAUUCUGUUUUGGGGGCAAUUGAAUGCUGUAUUAGGUUAAGCAUUGUUUCAGCGUUCUGGAAUUAUUUUGAAACGUUACUGCUGACAGGUUAAAUCUAAACUUGUGUUACUGGAAUUGUUUUUUCUAAAGUGAUGCUACCUGAAAAACCAAGGAAUGCACUGGUUUGAUGUUGCUUCAUUUAUUCCGCCCAUCAGAGACCCACACUAUUCUGGCCUGAUCCUGAGAGAUGGUUUUGCUGGAGUAGUUCUCACCAGCUUAUUUAGGUCUGCUCUGAUUAGACUCAAUAAUUUCUCAGCACCUUCCUAUUUCUCAACAGUCUUUGACUCCUAAAUAUGAAUCUGAGAAAUUCUGUCACAUCUUUCCCAAAUUCAUGCCUAGAGACCAGUUGAUCUGGAGUAGUUAGACACAGCAUUGGGCUUUUCAUAAAGAGUUGAAGGCUUCACUUAGUAAAACUCUUAGCUUCCUGGUAACCAGCAUCCAUAUACAGAUGGUAUCUGUCUGACCAACUAGAAUCAGGCGUUAGAACUCUUAGUCUCAUCAACAUUUAACAUGCAUUUUAAUUUUCUGACUUCCUAUUCAACUGUCACCAUCUUAUCAGAAUAAUUGAGGCCCAAGUAGGUAGGUAGAGGUAUUCUUUUAGCCUGAAUUCUCUACUCAAUUGGCUUAUUGUUUGUUUCACUUUUUACAAGUAAUAAAACCAUUUAGUCCUACAAUAAUACCCAUGAGAUCAUACUUAAAAAUCAGUAAGAUAGGGCUUAUGACAUUCUCUUAGAGCUACUAUCUGAUUUAUUUCUAAUCCUGGAGGAUGUGGACACAUGGAAGUUUGUAUCAGAGCAAGUAUUAAGUAACAAGCAUAAACUCCCAAGGAGUCAAAUCAUCUUUCUCUGUAGAAGAAAAAACAAUAGUUACGGAGGAAAAAAUACCAUUUAAUACAAGGAGAGAGCUGAGACUUCUUUUCACUUGGUGAGGUUUUUACAUCUUAAAUGGGUAAUUCACUCUUUUUACAAAGUUUUUCAUGACUGUGCUGUUGUUUCCUUCUACUUGUUUUACUUUUUUGUACAUACUGUUAACUUUGCCAUGUUUUUAAUAGGCUUUUCCAACAUUGGAAUGAUAAUUAUACAUGUGUGAUAGUUCUGGUUAAUACUAAUUCACAGAGUUGGCUUGACUACCUUGAAGUUACGGUGGUUCUGUCUCAAAGUUUUCGCUGAAUGGUGUUAGCUGAAAAGUAUUACAUGUUAUAUUUUUUGUUGUAGUUGAAGCUCGGCAUUCUUUCAUGCUGACUAAAAAGAAUGCAUAAUUAAGGCUGACUUCGCCAUCUGUUAUGUUUACUUGUUUUUAAUAAACACAUUAUGCAAAAGUCAUAUCUUGAGAAAUGAGACCUGAUUACUUUUACUAUUUUCUUAACGAAAAAGGCAAAGCUAAUGAUAUUGCAGGAAUAAAUGGAAAUUCCUUUUUUUAGAUCUAUUACCUAUACAGCUAUAAAGAUAGGUGUUAUUCUGUGGGUGCUACCAGUAGCAACAUCUUGAUACAGCCCUCAGAUGUGAUGCUUCCUUCUGCCCAUGUUCCCCAACAGAGAAGUCACCUCUGUUCCAGAAGCACCUUGUAUGCAUCUUCAUUACUGACAGUGCUUGAUAUUUUAGUGCACUGUGUCUUUUUUUCCUCCCUACCCCCACUUCUAGAAGACUAUGACUCUUUGAAGACGGACUGUCUUACACAUCUCUGUAUACUCGAUAAACCAAACCCAUUGCCUUCGAGUUGAUUCCAACUCAUAGUAUACUCAGUAGUUAGCUUAAAACCACGAUGGGAAGGAAGAAUAAAUUAUCAGUCUUGGGGAUAUGAAAAAUCUUAUUAAAGCACGUAACCUUCCCCUACAAGGAUUUAGAUUCAUCUCAGAACAAAUGAGCUAUGACAAUUUGCGUUAGACAAAUAAACCUGAAAUAGGUAAUAGAAGAAAUCACCUUCACUCUGAUAAAACUUAAUAAAAUGGGUUCGUUCUCACUUCCAGUUCACUGAAUGCCCCAGUAUUGCAGAGAGUACAGAGCUUCAUUUGACAGGCAUUAUAUGUCUACUACACAGUAUAGGUUACACUUCCUGGCAGCUUGCAUUUUCCCAAAUAUUGAUAAGGUACAUAUGAAAUCAAACUCAUACAUAAUAACAAUAGCUUAGGAGAGGGGUGAAGCACUAACUCAAACGCCCCAUAGGGCUUUUUCUCUUGGGUAGUACAUUCUUGGGAGCAUCAAAUGCUCAGCUUUAAUCAGUGCCUGCUCAUUAGCUAUUUCCCGUCAGUUACAGUCUGAUGAUUAAUGUGAAUCUCAGGUAAAAAAAAAAAUCAGGUAAAGGUAGGCUAAUCUCAGUAAGACUGUGUAUGACUCCAACUACACUUUCCAGAAUUCUAAUACUAGAAGAACAUAAAAAAAAAAACUUGGUAAAGUCACAGCUUGCAAAGCUUCCUACUUUCCAUGCUGUGAUGGGACAUAAAGCACAUCGAACCUCAUUUCCCAUGGUGCGUCAGUCCUUUCUCUUAGAUUUGAUGAAGCCUGAGGAUAAUUAUGUGCAACAACCUACUGUGGCAGAGAAACUGAGUUAUCAGUUACGUGUCACAGGCUUCGCACAAAAAAAAUAUGUCAGCCUCUCAGUACGUGUAAGUCCAUCAGUUAAUCUCUACACAGGCUUCUCAGCAGUCUCUUGUCAAGGGAGUGCACUAUAGUUGGGGACUAAUUCACUUUAAAGA